AUGGAGGCUUCUACUGUGGUUAUCAAGGUCAGGUAUGGGGAUACGCUCAGGCGCUUCAUUGCCAAAAUUAUUGACGAGGGACUGAAUUUCAAUAUGGACGGACUAAGAAAACAAAUAUUUUUCCUCUUCAACUUUCCUGCAGAUACCUUGCUCAGGCUGACUUAUAUUGAUGAAGAUGGUGAUGAGGUAGCACUUGUUGAUGAUGAUGAUCUGAGUGAUGUGGUGAGGCAGGGCCUGAACCCCCUGAGGAUUAAUGUGAAACAUGCUCCUUCAAGCAGAAGUUUUCCUCCCUUAUCUAAAGUUCAGACACCCUUUCAGAAUCUGAACCCUAAUAUCUCCAAAAAUUUGAAAUCUGUGCCGGAACCUCUACAGGAAACUGUAAAGAAGCUCUUGAAUGAGUUGGCAUCAAAAGUGUCCUUAUCUGUGCCAGGUAUAGCUGAGCUUGUUGACCACUUGUCAGAGAUGGGUCUGUCCUACCUUGAUCAGCUUUCUGAUUCCCAACCUGGAGCGCAGUCUAAUACCCAGAGUGAGUUUCAUGAAAGUACCACAGAUACUAAGCCCCAGAAUUCCUCCGAGGUUUUUCCCUCGACAUUGAAUGUCCCAAGCAUCGAAUCAGACAAGAGAUUUUUGAAAAACUACGAAAGCUUGGCAAAAUACAUACCUGAGACAACAUCAGAAAAAAGUGAGGUCAAACUGGGAACUGUAAAAGGAGGUAUCAUGGAAGCCUCAUCUUUGAAAGCUGUGAAUGUCGAUGUUGACAUCCCUUGCGUCGAUUCUCUAUGUGAAUCAGAAGGCUUGGAUCCUAAACCGAGUGAUGUUCCUGUCUCUUCUCUCUCACAAGAAAAAUGCUUUGCAGGAACCUCUGGUGCUGAUUCAAUCAAGACUCAUUUUAUACCUUCUCAUCACUCACCUGCUGCACAGAAGGUUCAUAAGUCUAGGCUGGAUUAUCUUCAAUCAAAGAAUGCCAAGAUGGGUGCUCCCACUGGUUAUCCUGCUCAUACACCAUGGAACUAUCCAGAUGACAGUAUAAGAUAUGCUUGGAUGGACCCUAGUCCUGUGAAUGAGAUUUCAUUUUCUGCAGUACCUGCAGGAAAUGACUCUGCUAUCCCAUCACAUUCUGAUUCUCAAAGAAGGAGCAUUAGUCAGAAUGAUGGCACUGGGAGUAUCUUCCAUCGGGCCAUUCGUUGCGAUGGUUGUGGGGUCUACCCAAUAACUGGUCCCAGGUUCAAGUCAAAAGUAAAAGAGGAUUACGAUCUUUGCAGCAUCUGCUUUUCUGAAAUGGGAAAUGAUACUGACUACAUCAGAAUGGAUCGUCCAAUGACUAAUCAACACCCCUUGCCUAUCAAGCGGUUGCAUUGCCCUUUGCAGAAUGCCAGGGAUAGGGCCAGGGCCAGGGAUAGGGCUGCGACACUUCCACAGGCUAUCAGGGGUUGCAAGGUUAAACCGGUUGCACCCAAGUUUGACAGUCGCUUCAUAGAGGAUAUCAAUAUCAUAGAUGAUACUGUGAUGGCUCCUUUAACUCCAUUUACCAAGAUUUGGCGGAUGAGAAACACUGGUACAGUUGUGUGGCCCAUGAGAACACAACUUGUGUGGAUUGGAGGAGACAAACUGAAUAAUGCGCUAGCUAUUGAAGUUGAGCUUCCUGCAGCUGGUUUACCAGUAGAGCAGGAGCUAGAUGUCGCAGUUGAUUUUAUUGCUCCUGAGAUUCCUGGUCGGUAUAUCUCAUACUGGAGGAUGGCCUCCCCUACUGGCCAAAAGUUUGGACAACGUGUUUGGGUUCUCAUCCAGGUUGAUGCUUCCAUGAAGGAACCGCCACAUGAAAAUGUUCGUGACUUGGAUCUUAAUUUGCCGCCUCCAAGUAACUGCUUAACCGGACCAGAAAUUAUAAACGUGGAUCUAGAACCCAUGGUGGAGGACAGUCACCCUGAGCCCGUUAACUCCAAUGACACCAUGGAAGUAGGGGGACCAAUGGUUUAUGUGCAGCCAGGCAAUGAGCAUGAAAAGAGAUUCCCCAUCAAUGAUAGCUUGUUGGUUGGCAGUGGUGUGGCGUCGAACUCUGUCCCUUCAGCACCAUCCUCAUUUUUACCUUAUCCUAUUAUUGAUCUCUCAGAGGUAGCACCACCUUUCCCUUUUCAAGCUCCACCUAUUCCUGUGGUACUUCCUCCACCCGCAAAUGCACCCCAACCAUUAUCAGAAAAGAAUAAAGAGGAGAAACUACUUGGGGAACUUGAGGCAAUGGGCUUCAAACAGGUUGAUUUGAACAAGGAGAUUUUGAGGAAGAAUGAGUAUGAUUUGCAGGAAACUGUGGAUGAUCUUUAUGGAGUUUCUGAAUGGAGUCCUAUUCUCAAGGAACUUCGGGAGAUGGGUUUUCACGAUACAGAACUGAACAAGAAACUGCUGAAGAAGAAUGGUGGAAGUAUUUUGCUCGUGGUCAUGGAUCUUAUUGCUGAAGAGCCGCAGUAG